UUAAAAUUGACUGCCGGAAUGGAUCCAAAUCUGAAUGAAAUGAAUGUGGCGGAAGAUCAUUUAAAGGAAUCGUUAGAAGUUAUGUAUAGUGAUAUAUACAAAAAAUAUAUUCGAGAUAUUCAACGGCAAAGUUAUUUAUGUGCAGCAGAUUGUUGUAAAAAUUUGAUUAAUCAAAAAGAAGUUGCUAAAUGUUCUGAACAAUGCCAGGAUAAGCUUCGUAAAGUUUUUGACAAAUUUGAUCAGGAAUCUGAGGCUAUGAAUAAUCAUUUGGCCAGAGGAAUUAUGUCAUGUCAAGAAAAGGAGCGAAAGAAAUAUAAUCGUGAUUAUGUUAAAUUGAAUCCUUCAGAGAAAAAGGAAUUUGAUGAAGGUUUUACUAAAUGUGCUGUUAAAUGUUUUGAAGAAAGUACGAAUGAUUUGACUAAAUUGAAGGAACGUUUAUUGGCUUUUGUUAAAGAUAUUUAG